CAAAUUUUUUGAGAUUUCUGCAAUUUUAAAUCACAUUUUAUUAUAGAUUUCAAUUUCAUAUAAAAUUUGAUUAAGCGAGAAAAUUUAAAAAUGUUAUUUUGAAGUUGGCCUCCCGUGGGGCUGAAACUAUCUUUCUCUAAUUAAUUAACGAAAUUAAUUUACAAAAUUGAAAAUCAUUCAAAGAAUAUAAAAUUCUUUGCUUUUUUUGCUUUUAAAUUAAAAAAAAUUAAUUACAAAAAAUGUUCAAUUUUAUAAUUAAAUCGAAAACUGUGUACAUAAACUGUGGGACUAAAAUAAAAAUAUUAAAUAUAAAAACAAUAAAAUAAUAAUUGUAUAAUGUGAAAAAGUGAUAGAAAUUUGUUUGAAAAAAAUAACGUUUAUUUAAAGAAUAAAAUUAUAAUUAAAAUAUCAAAAAAAAAAAUGAAAAUUAAAAAUUAUAAAAUUAUAUUUAUUUCAUGAAAUAUGAAUAAUUCAAAGAAGAAAUAAUAAAUCAAAAAAUAGUUUAAAGGUGUCCAAAUGUUAAGCCCAAAAAUGCAGCGCUCCGUUCGUGUGAACGAAAGUCAGUUGUUAAUGCUGUCAGAUCGAGCGCAAUAUGAUCAUUCGAUGAUACCUGAUAACUGUAGGAUAUCAACGUUAAGUAAACAGCAUGGCUACUUGCACAAAAGGACAUCGGAUAGCAAUAAAUGGCAACUAAGAUGGUUUAUUUUAUAUCAGAAUUUAUUAUUUUAUUACGAAAACGAAGCGUGCCAAAGACCAUCUGGUAUAAUAUUUCUUGAAGGUUGCUAUUGUGAAAGGUUAGUUUCAGCCCCAUCAUGUAUUAAUUCAUUAACAUCUGGUUCUGGACAAGGCUCUAAAGCAUCUAAAGAAGAUAAAUUACAGCAUUGCUUUUCAAUAUCCUUUAGACGUGAAAAUCAACGACAGUAUGAAUUAAGAGCCAAUACUGAAUCUGAAUGUUCUGCAUGGAUAAUAGCUAUACGGGAGGCCAGCUUCAAUAAACUUUUAUUGCAAAAAGAAGAACUCGAACAAAAACAUGUACAUUUAUUGCAAGUUGUUGAAAGUGAAAAAACAGCAAAAUGGCAAUAUACACAACAUUGUGAAGAAUUAGCAUCGGAAAUAAAGAAAUUAAGAGCGGAGAUUUGUGCUUUACGAAAAGAAUGUAAAUCAACGGUAUCGAGCACUCGUGAAAGUAGACGUGAAAGUUUCGCAAUUGUUUGUGAACCACCACAAAGUGAUGAGAAUACAAAUUUAACAGGACUAUGCUCUCAAGUUCAAGAUUCUGUUGAAUUACGUAAAAUAAAAAAGGUUCAAAGUUUUUUUCGUGGCUGGUUAUGCAGAAGGCGAUGGAAACAAAUAGUUGAAGAAUAUAUUAAAUCACCACAUGCCGAAAGUAUGAGAAAAAGAAACCAUCUGGUUUUUAGUAUGGUUGAAGCUGAAGAAGAAUAUAUGGAACAAUUAGAAAUUUUAGUGUCGUGUUUUUUAAGACCAUUUCGAAUGGCAGCUAGUUCAAAAAGGCCACCAUGUUCACAUGAAGAUGUUAAUUCAAUAUUUUUAAAUUCAGAAACAGUAUUAUUUUUACAUCAAAUAUUUUUAAAAGGUUUAACAUCACGUUUGGAAUCGUGGCCGACAUUAGUUUUAGGUGAUUUAUUCGAUAUGCUUUUACCGAUGUUAAGCAUAUAUCAAGAAUAUGUACGAAAUCAUCACUAUAGUUUGCAAGUGUUAACGGAAUGUAAAAGCAACCCCAAUUUUGCGACCGUAUUGAAAAGAUUGGAAGCAAAACCGGCAUGUCAAGGACGAAGUUUAGAAACAUUUUUAACAUAUCCUAUGCAUCAGAUUCCACGGUAUAUUAUAACAUUACAUGAGCUAUUAGCACAUACACCUCAUGACCAUGUUGAAAGAAAAAGUUUACAAAAUGCAAGACAAAAACUUGAAGAUUUAUCAAGGCAGAUGCAUGACGAAGUUUCGGAAACUGAAAAUCUUCGAAAAAAUUUGGCUGUGGAACGUAUGAUUGUAGAAGGUUGUGAUAUUCUAUUAGAUGUCAAUCAGGUUUUUGUGCGACAAGGAAGUCUGGUUCAAGUGCCACCAGGAAAAGGACGAAUACGAAGCCGUUUAGCUUCUUUUAAAAGUGAAAGAGAAACUGUACGGCAGUGUUUUUUAUUUUCAAAUCAUCUUAUCAUCGCAACCAGAACUUCCGGGGGUCGUUUACAUUUAGUUCCUGAUGUUGGCAAAAUUCCAUUAGCUGAUGCAACGCUAAUUGAAGAUCCUAGUGAUUCAGAAAAAGAAGAGGAUGAUACUUCAUCUCAUCAAACUGAUGGUGGCAGUUGUCUUAGUGUUAAUGAAUCAUUGAAUAAUCCUCCAAGUCAUCGUGAUUUUAAAAUAUUAAUUGAUAGUAAAAGUGGUGCACGGCAUUGUAUACAUUUAAUAGCUGCAACUGUGCAAGAUAAAGAAGCAUGGAUAUCAGAUAUAUCACAGUGCAUGGACAAUAUUCAUUUGCAUUCAUUAUUUUCACCUGGAUUAUUAGGUUCAUCUGGAGGUUCGAUAGCACAUCAUCAUGCUCUGAGAGCAGAUCCUCGUUUAUUUAAGGAUGACGUAGAUAUAAGAUUUUCUAGAACACUGAAUUCAUGUAAACUUCCACAAGUACGCUAUGCUACACCUGAAAGACUUUUACAAAGACUUACAGAUCUUCGGUUUCUUUCUAUCGAUUUCUUAAAUACAUUCCUCCUGACGUAUCGUGUCUUUACUGAUGGAGAAACAGUAUUAAAUGCUUUAAAGCGGGUAUUUUAUGAACCACCACUCGAUCAACAAUGUGAUUGUGAUCCACAAGUUGACUUAUUGGAUAUACCUGGAUCAUUUGAUGGUGGUUAUUCAUUGAGGAGAACAUCUGCCGCUAGUUCAGUGUCAGGAUAUUGUUCUGAAGGUGCUGACCGUGAUCGCUCAUGUAGUACUGAUUCAUCAUAUAUGCGUUUACGUUAUAAUCGUAGAAUUGCAUAUCAGCAAAUGGGACAUCAUGAUGAUUUAUCAUGGAUACCAGAACAAGCUGGUUCAACCUUAACUGGUCAUAAUGGUCGUGGUGACACUAACGGUAUCGGUAUUGGAAUUACCAGUAUUAAUACUCUAAGUAGCGGAGGAGGUGUCGGUAAUAUAGAAAAAAUAGCAUUAACAAAUGUGAACAAUAAACAAGCGAUAUCAUUAUCAUCACCAUCGUCAACGAUAAUAACAGCAGCUUCAUCAGCUGCAGCUGCUGCAGCAGUUGCUGUUGGAGGUAUAAUACAACAAAAUCAACAACAGCAACAACAACAGCAACAACAACAGCAGCAACAAGCUCAACAACAACAGCAGCAAGUUCAACAACAGCAACAACAAAUUAAUCAACAUACACAAUCUUCAUCUGUAUCGACAACACCUAGUCCAAAAGAUAUUCAGGUGAAGACUAUUGAUAGUUAUUUAAGUGUUCCAUCAACAACAAUAGCUGCAUCAGGAAGUUCCGACACAUUAACAGAAAACACAUUAAGUGGCCCAUCAUCACCAUCAAAUUUAAGUUCUGUAACAUUAGUUGGUUCAACUGGUUCCGGUUAUAUUGAUCGUAGUGAUGAUACUACACCAACUGAUGAAAAACAUUUUAAAUAUUCAAGAGCACCAACAAGUCCAUUACCAGAACGUGUUAAUAAAAGUAAAGUACAACAACAACAACCGCAACUAAAUCAGCAACAGCCACAGCAACAACAGCAGCAACAACAACAUCAAAUACAAUUACAUCAACAGAAUGAACAACAAUUGCAACAAAUACAACAACCAAAACAUCGUAAAUCAAUUGAAAGUGAUAUUGUUAUUUCAGUAGUAUCGACUACUGGAGGACAUAACGUUGAUUCAUCAACAAUUGUUAGUGAAAGACGUAGUAGUAGUGUAUCAUAUACAUCUCCAUCAACAUAUCAUUCACAACAACAGCAACAGCAAAAUCAACAAAUUAGUUCAAAUAAGCAACAGCAGCAUCAACAUUAUUUACAACAACCGCAACAUCAACAAAAACAGCAUCGUCAGUCAUUACCAAUGGUAACAACAACAUUAUGUUGUGAAAAUCAAAAUUCUAAUGAAAUAAAAACACCAUCACCGUUAUCACCAAAAAAUACAAUAAUUAAUUUACAAUCAUCGAUGGCGCAACAAUUACAACAAUUAAAUAUAAAUAAAGAUAAUAAUCAACAAUAUAUUAAUAAUAAUGUAAAUGUUAGUACUACUAGUAAUAUUGGUCAGUUUGGUACAAGUGGCGGGGUUGGCGGUAGCGGUGGUGGAAUUGGUGGUGGAAGUAAUGUAUUAGUUAGUGGUACAGGUGGUAGCGGUGGUGGUAGUAAUAGUUGUAGUAUAACACAAAAAGACAAAAAUACAUCAUUGUCACAACAAUAUUUAAAUCAAGAAACAACUGUUACCUCACCAUUGCAUAAAUUACCGCAAAUGUCAAUAUCACCACCAAAAAUGAAUUUGUUGACAGAUCGUAGACCAAGUGCUGGAGCAAAUGUAAUACCACAUGCAGCAUUAUGUCAACAUCGUCGAAGUUUGCAAAUGAAUGGUGAUGGUGGGGUAUACAGGAAUGCUCCAAAUAUUGAAAAAGGUGGUAGCCCACGUGUAUCUCAUCGUGUCAUUAAAACGCCUGAAAAACAGAAGAAGAAUUCAUUUUGUUCACCACAGAGAGAGCCCCCAAGGAGAUUUUCGGAGAGUGAUGAUGAUAUGGUAUCAUCAAUAUAUACAACACCGCGUGGUUCAUUAGGUGGUACAUCACUUGGUACAAUAUCAUCGCGUGCUUCAAUGCAACAUGAUCCUGUCACCCAUUGCCCUAGCAAAGUUGGAGUUGUAAUCACUUCAUAUAGACAAUCACAUCGCAGUAUGGGACCAGAUCCACUCUGGAGUAGCACAUCAACAGCUGCAGCGGCCUUUGCUAUUGCUACAUCAGCUUCAAGUAAUCCUCGGGAUGAGCCCCCUGAGAUUGAAGCUAAGAAUCGCAAGGAAUCUGUAACUAGUUCACCAGCUACAAUGCGUGUGUUAAAUGUGCUAAGGCACUGGGUGUCAAAACAUUUUCAAGAUUUUGAACAAGAUGCAGCCUUACGUUCACAGGCAAUUGCAUUUUUAGAUGAUAUUACAUGUAGCCCUAAUUUAUUACCCUCUGAACAUAGAGCUGCAUCACAAUUAUUACGUUUAUUGUGCCGUGAUGAUUUGGAUUCAAAUAUGCAUAAAUUAGAUAUAAUAUUGAGACCACCUACUGUGGCAAGUAAAGAAAGUAUUGAAACAUUAUCAGCAUUAGAAAUAGCUGAACAAAUGACAUAUUUAGAUCAUCAAAUAUUUUUGGCUAUUCGAAGCGAGGAAUUCCUUGGGCAAGCUUGGAUGAAAGCUGAUAAAAAGGAAAGAGCCGAACAUAUCAUAUUAAUGACGAAACGUUUUAAUGAUGGUUCAAGACUUGUUUCGUCUGAAAUUAUAUCAAGGACAAAUAUGUCUGCACGUGUAACUGCUAUCGAAAAAUGGACAGCCGUUGCUGAUAUAUGCAGAUGUUUACAUAAUUUUAAUGGUGUUUUACAAAUAUGCGCUGCAUUUACAAAUGCUGCUGUAUAUCGUUUAAAAAAGACUUGGGACAAAGUGCCGAAAACAAUUAAACAGACAAUCACAAAAUUACAAGCAGUUGUCUGCUCUGAUGGACGUUUUAGAGCAAUGCGUGAAGCAUUACAUCGAUGUGAUCCACCAUGUAUACCAUAUUUAGGUAUGUAUUUGUCGGAUUUAUCAUUCAUUGAAGAAGGCACAUCGGAUUUUACCCCAGAUGGCUUAUUAAAUUUCUCGAAAAUGAGAAUGAUAUCUCAUGUUAUUCGGGAAAUUCGCCAUUUUCAACAAACACCAUAUAAAAUUGAUCAUAUACCAAAAGUAACUGGAUAUUUAUUGGAUACAACCUUAUUGUUAGAUGAUGACGAAUUAUACAGUCGUUCACUUCAAAUUGAACCAAGAAGUUCACGUUUAAGUGCACCAAAUACACAAGCUGUAUAAUUUUUAAUGAACAUUUGGUUACAUCAAGUGUUAAAUGUUGUAAUCAAAUUAUUAAUAAAUUACUUUUAUAGAAUAUUUUUAUGUUAUUUAUUAUAUUAUGAUUUAAAACACAUAAAGUAUAAAUUUAAAAUCAAUAAUAAGAAUUUUUGAUAUUUUGUUAAUAUGAGAAAAUUUAG